AAGAGAAGCUACAAGAAAUGCAUGUGAAAGAAAAGACAACUAGAGAUGACUCGUCAGUAAAGUUGGACUACUUGUUCAGUUGUUCAUGAUACAAUUUCAUUACCACUUGUUACAAACCACCAGUUCAUUCCUGGCAACAAAUGUUCAAUAGAUUGUGUACUUCACUCCAGGCAUAUAUGCUUGUGGUACACCCUGCUUUUUCAGACACCAACUGAAAGCCAAAGAGAGAAAACUACAUUGAUGAAGAUGAUGAAGAUGAUGGGCUAUUUUGAAAUAAUGUUGGUUCUGGCAACUUUCUUGACUGGUUUAAAAAGCCAGGAAACACUUAGACUACUCAAUGAUGACAUUCUGGGCCUAAUUGUGUUCAAAACAGAUCUCAGUGACCCGUUUUCGCACCUGGAUUCGUGGAACCAGGAUGAUGCAUCACCGUGUUCUUGGAGCUAUGUGCAGUGUGAUCCGGUUACAGGCCGUGUUUCUGGUUUAUUACUUGAGGGAUUAGGCUUAUCAGGAAAAAUUGGUAGAGGACUUCAGAAGUUGCAGCAUCUUAAGGUAUUGUCGAUGUCCAUGAAUAAUAUUAGUGGUGCCAUUAGUCCUGAAUUAGGGCUCAUUCCUAGUCUUGAAACACUUGACCUCAGUAAGAAUAGCCUUUCGGGUAGUAUUGAUCCCAGUUCUUUGACAAAUUUGGUGAGUUCAGUAAGGUUUCUUGAUUUUUCAGAAAAUCAACUCUCAGGGCCUUUACCUGAUAAUCUGUUUGAAAAUUGUUCGUCUCUUCGUUCACUUUCAUUAGCUGGAAAUUCUUUUCAGGGUCCAAUUCCUAGCACACUUACUGAAUGUAGGUCUUUGAAUUACCUUAAUCUUUCCAACAACCAUUUUUCUGGAAACCUCAAUUUUGUUUCAGGAUUUUGGACACUUAAUAGGCUUCGAGUUCUUGAUCUUUCACACAAUGCACUAACAGGGCCUGUCCCGAAUGGUGUUGCAGCUAUACAUUACCUAAAAGAGCUCAAGUUGCAAGGGAAUCAGUUCUCAGGAUCAGUACCAGCUGAUAUUGGGCUAUGUCCGCACUUGAUUAAGCUAGAUUUGUGUGACAAUGUGUUUACAGGAACACUCCCAAACUCACUGCAAAGGCUCAAGUCCUUGAAAUAUUUGAGCAUAUGCAAAAAUAUGCUGGACGGAGAUUUUCCUGAAUGGAUAGGUGAAAUGAGCAGCCUUGAAUACAUAGAUUUUUCAAGUAAUGGUUUCAAGGGGUUUUUGCCUUCAUCAAUCGGUGAUCUCAAGUCCCUGACUUACUUAAGUCUAGCUGAUAAUUCAAUCAAUGGUAGCAUACCUGUGAGCUUAUUUUCCUUGGGACUAAGCCAAGUGGAUUUAUCAGGGAACGAAUUGAGUGGUUCAAUUCCUUCUGCUUCAAGUAAAUUGUUUGAGUCUCUUGAAGUGAUGGAUCUUUCAGCGAACCAGCUGACACAAAAUAUUCCAGAAGAAAUGGGCUUAUUCUCAAAGUUGAGAUACUUGAACUUGUCAUAUAACAAUCUGGAGUCAAGAAUUCCUCCCGAGCUUGGUUACUCUCAAAAUCUAACCGUGUUAGAUCUGAGUUACAGUGCCUUUUUUGGAUCAAUCCCUGGUGAUAUAUGUGAUUCAGGCAGCCUCGGGAUUUUGCAGUUGGAUGGGAAUUCUUUGACAGGUCCAGUUCCUGAAGCGAUUGGAAACUGCUCGUCUCUUUACUUGUUGAGCUUGUCUCACAAUAAUCUGAGUAAUUCCAUUCCAAGAUCAAUUUCAAAGCUGAAAAGGCUCAAAAUUCUGAAACUAGAGUACAAUGAGCUGAGUGGAGAGAUACCACAAGAGCUUGGCAAAAUGGAAAAUCUUCUUGCAGUCAAUAUAUCCUACAACAAGUUAAUAGGCAGACUUCCUGUCGGUGGAAUAUUUCCAAGCUUAAAUCCAAGUGCUUUGAAUGGAAAUUUAGGUAUUUGUUCACCAUUGUUAAAGGGUCCUUGUAAGAUGAAUUCCCCCAAGCCUCUAGUGAUUGAUCCAUUUUCAUAUGGCUAUCAAAAUGGUGGGGAGAACACGGAGGAUGCCUCGAAAAGACCCAAAGAAUAUCCUCAACACAAGUUUCUCAGUGUGUCCGCUAUUAUUUCCAUAUCAGCUGCAGUUCUUAUUGCAGCAGGAGUGUUAGUGAUAAGCUUGCUUAACAUAUCUGCUCGGAGGAGGCUUACGUUUAUAGAGAAUUCUCUGGAAAGCUUUUGCUCGAGCUCAACAAGGUCUGGGACUACAUUGUCCUCAGGAAAACUCAUUUGGUUUAAUUCAAAAACAUCACCAGACUGGAAUUUAAGUGCUGAAAUGUUGCUUAACAAGGCUACUGAAAUUGGUGGAGGAGUUUUUGGAACAGUUUACAGGGCUUCAUUUGGAGACAAUGGAAGAAAUGUGGCUGCAAUCAAAAAACUUGCAACAUCAAACAUAAUUCAGAGCCAAGAAGAUUUUGACCGAGAAGUCCGAAUCUUGGGGAAAGCAAGACACCCUAAUCUGGUAGAACUGAGAGGGUAUUACUGGACACCUGAUUUGAAACUGCUGGUAACAAAUUAUGAACAAAAUGGAAGCUUACAGGCUAAACUUCAAGAAUCACCUCCACUUUCUUGGUCCAACAGAUUCAAAAUCAUUAUGGGUACAGCUAAAGGCCUUGCCCAUUUGCACCAUUCCUUCCGGCCCCCAAUAAUUCAUUACAACAUCAAGCCAAGCAACAUUCUACUAGAUGAAAAUCUGAACCCGAAACUCUCAGAUUUCGGGCUAACAAGGCUGUUGAGGAAACUUGAAAACCAUGUUGUGAGUAACAGGUUUAAAAGUGCAUUAGGCUAUGUGGCACCAGAAUUAGCUUGUCAGAGCUUAAGGGUCAAUGAGAAAUGUGACAUUUAUGGAUUUGGAGUACUGAUACUUGAGCUAGUGACCGGACGAAGACCGGUUGAGUAUGGAGAAGACAAUGUGGUAGUACUAAAUGAUCAUGUUAGAAUAUUGCUGGAGCAGGGGAAUGUGUUGGACUGUGUUGAUCCAGGCAUGAGUGAUUAUCCAGAGGACGAGGUUUCUCCGGUUCUUAAGUUGGCUCUGGUGUGUACUUCUCAUGUGCCAUCAGACAGGCCUUCGAUGUCGGAUGUGGUGCAGAUUCUGCAGGUUAUCAAGGCCCCAGUGCCAUCAAGAAUGUAGGCAUUUUGCAAAGACCAGAACAUUUUUAAAAUUUUACAAGUCUUUUUCGUUUUAUGGUCAUAUGAUGCUGAUUCUUGGCGACCUAUGUAUUAAUGUUGAUUUGUAAGAUCUCUUUUAUAUCAUGAUUCUCACUAGACAUCCAACGUAAGUUGUAUCAUGCAUUUACUUUUCUAACAAAUGUUAUUUUA